CAUUUUUGAGCCAUUUCUGAUACUUUCCUUUUAUUGACGAUUGUUCACAAAUUUCAAGAGUCUUACGGUGGUUAAAACAGCAUUUUCACCCCUUUUGCUUGUUAAAUUGACCUAACACUCAAAACAGCUUCUAUAGUCGAAUCCACUCGGGUAGUGGCCUGCAAACGAAGAUUGCUUGCAGCUAUGUUUAGAAUUAGUAGCAAAAAGCAUCUCUUUUCUGUCACAUUUCACCUGUUUUACUCCACUGCUCCAGCUACUUCCCGUGCUAAUGUAUUGGUGGACUUCAUGGUAAACUCACUUGGUUUCUCAACACAAGAAGCCAUUUCUACAAGUGACAAGGUAACUCGUUCAAGAAUCAGAAACCAUGAGCCCCGUUUGUUACUUGAUCUCUUUGACCAAAUGGGUAUUAACAAAUUACAGAUCAAAACCCUCAUUUCUUCUUCCCCUAAGUUGUUGAUUUGUCGUGUUGACAAAAACCUUCUACCCAAAAUUAAGGUUUUGCAACAACUUGGCUUAUCUGGCUCUGACCUUGUUACAUUUAUCAGCAAAAGCGAUUUGUUGACAACAGGUUUACAUACUAUUAUAGAACCUAAUCUUGUUUACCUAAGGGAGUUAUUGGGCAGUCAUGAUUCUGUAGCUAGAAUUAUUAUGAAAGAGCCUAGGUUGUUCUCCUGUAAUCUCCAUAAAGUUAUGCCACCCAAUAUAACAUUGUUGCAAAACCUUGGGUUUUCAAGAAUGGAUAUUGACAAGGCUUUUCAUAGGCAUCCUAGGUUUCUACUCAAUAACCCUGUGAAGCUCGAGAGAGCAGUGUAUCAACUAGAAAAGAUUUUUCAUAUGCCUCAGGAGUCACGGAUGUUUAUUCAUGGCGUUGAAGUACUUGUGUCGCUUGAUGAAUCUACAUUAGAAAGGAAAUUAGAUAUAUACCGGAGUUUUGGAUGGUCUGAUUCUGAUAUCUGCAAGAUGGUGAGAAAGCUUCCUUACUGUUUGACUACAUCAGAGGCUAAGAUAAGGAUUACAUUGAAGUUUUUCAUGAACGAACUGGGGUAUGAAUCUAGUUAUCUGGCUUCUUAUGCGCCACUUUUAAAGUAUAGUUUUGAGAAGAGGGUCAUGCCAAGGAAUGAAAUCUUGAAGUUUCUUAAAGAAAACCAACUGGUAAAAGGGAAGCUAUGUCUUUACACUGUUGUCAAAUGUACUGAAUUGCAAUUCCUAGAGAAAUAUGUGUUGCCUUUCAAGGCAACGAUGCCCGAGUUGUAUGAUUUAUACAUGAAAACAAGAAGCUAAAGACAAGUCUUUUACCGUGGAGGCAGUGGCUGCAAAGUAGUGUUUGUUUAAGAGGUUUAUUCAGUUCCUUGAAAAUAUCGUAGAUUCUUUUUCAUGCCCUUGUCAAGCAUAUUACUGCUUGUUUACUUUUCAUUGCUGGAGAUCUAUUAUUGAAUGGAGUCUUUUAAAAAAAAAGGCUAUCGAGUGAGGAAAACUAGAAAUUGAGAUCAGUUUCAUUUUCAAUUCAACUGAUGAUUUUCUUGUUUAAUGAGAAGGAAAGCAAUAUAGAAAUCAGACUUGAUGUAUAUGACGUUGAUAUUUGAAUGGUCAGACAAUGUUUGUUCUCGUUUAACUGAAGUUUCUUUAUCUGA